AUGGCCUCCGUUGCUAGCGGAAUCAGCUCCUUUGUUUCCUACCCCACCUGGACAGUGAGAGGGCCAUACCAACUUCAAUCGCUUCCUGCUGCAUAUCCUCGGUCUCGAAUGCAAUUGCUUUUCACGAGCAGAUACCCUUUCUCUCGGGAAGGCGACGGGCGACUUCAGGCGGGAAUGUGCAGAAAACAGUUGACAAACAUCCGACAUGCAUCCAAACUCGAUGCCGUGCCGCGCGCCUCCCUUGGCCAUCGCGUUGCGGUCCAGCCGUGCACGGACCCUUCUGGAACGCUCUCACCGCCCUCGGCUGCAAAAAAAAGACCAGAAAAAAAAAUCCGACGAACCUCGCUUUGCCCUCUUCUUCCACCAAACCCUUCAGCAGAGGAAGAAGCCAUGGAGGGUACGAGGGUGUUUGUGUCUGGCCUUCCGCCAACGUUCUCCAGCCAAGAUCUUGGAAAGCAUUUUGGAAGUCGGUUUAAGGUAACCGACGCCCAUGUCAUUCCCAAACGCGGGAUUGGCUUUGUGGGCUUCAAAGAUGCUGCCAUCGCAAAGCAAGCCGUGGAUUAUUUUAACAAGACAUACAUUAGGAUGUCCAAGAUAUCCGUGGAGAUUGCCCGCCCAGCACAAGAGAAUAAUGAAAAGUCUACUGCCACUGGGAAGCAUGGAAAGCAAUCUCGUUCAUCUGACUCGAAUGAUCUAAAACGCAAGCGAGAUGAUACUCAGGAUGAUCCUAAAUUCCAGGAAUAUCUUUCUGUGAUGCAGCGUCCCUCCAAGACGAAGACCUGGGCGAAUGACGAGGACGUCACUGGAUCCUUCGUUCCUACAUUGACCAGUCAAACGUCUGGAGACGCUGACAAGCCUAGCGAGGAGGAACUCCCUCAGAUUCCUAGAAAGAAGCAGAAGACUGGUGAGGUAAAUGGAACCUCGGGCCCUGCAGAGGUACAUGCUGCUCGCGGCUCGUCUCAGACUGAGGUCCGAGAGCGAGUGCCGUCGAACACAUUACCCAACAGUGAUGGUGUCAAAACCCAAGAUACCCAUCAAGAAGCAGGAGCUCAAGAGCCUUCUGUUGAAACUUUAAGUCGAGACCUUCCACAGUCAGAUGCAGACUGGCUGCGAUCUAAGACGAGUCGGCUCCUGGGUCUUGAGGAUGAAGAGCAAGUGGAGCAUGACGCUCAAAAAGUUCCUGAUGCGGUGGGUCAGGAUAGAAAAGAAAACCCGGUCUCUGGACAAGAAGUCGCGCCUGAGACGUCGGGAACUCAAGAUUCAGAUGAGACUGGUGAGAAAGAUGUGGAUGCGGAUGUUGCACUAAUUCGCAGUUCUGCGCGCCUUUUUAUACGGAAUUUGCCGUAUGAUGCAACUGAAGCGGAUCUUGAACCAGUCUUCUCACGAUUUGGUAAGAUCGAAGAGAUACACGUCGCAUUUGACACACGUUCAUCCACGAGCAAAGGCUUUGCUUACGUGCAAUAUGUGGAUCCCUCUUCUGCAAUCGACGCUUACAAGACCUUGGACGGUAAGGACUUCCAGGGUCGCCUGCUCCAUGUUCUACCAGCUACUGCCAAGAAAACACACAAGAUAGAUGAAUAUGAGCUGUCGAAGCUGCCCUUGAAGAAACAAAAACAGAUAAGGCGUAAGAUGGAAGCAUCCUCAUCGACUUUCAACUGGAACUCCCUGUACAUGAAUGCGGACGCUGUAAUGUCAUCUGUAGCAGAGAGACUCGGAGUAUCCAAAGCAGAUCUGCUUGACCCAACAUCUUCCGACGCUGCCGUAAAGCAAGCGCAUGCAGAAACCCACGUAAUCCAGGAAACAAAGGCAUAUUUUGCUGCAAAUGGAGUCAAUCUGGACUCGUUUAAGCAACGAGAACGGGGUAACACCGCAAUUCUCGUGAAAAAUUUCUCAUACGGCGUGACGACAAGUGAUUUGAGGAAGCUCUUUGAACAGUAUGGCCAGCUCACUCGAUUACUGAUGCCUCCGAGUGGUACUAUUGCUAUCGUUGAGUUUGCGAGACCGGAUGAGGCGCAGAAAGCUUUUAGAAGUCUCGCGUAUCGGAAGUUGGGAGAUUCAAUUCUAUUUCUGGAACGCGCACCGAAAGAUCUAUUUGAUACGUCGUCGACGGCGUCGGCAGCGUCGGCAGCGCCGCCAGCGCCGCCAGCGGCCGUCGAGACGAAGCCCAAAUCUCAAGGUUUCUCUACAACGGACACCUUUGCCCUAGAGGACACCGAAAAUGGGCUACUCACUUCGACGCUCUUCGUACGAAACUUGAAUUUUGCCACCACGAGUGAAAGACUAGCCGAGGUCUUCAAGCCUUUGGACGGCUUUUUAUCAGCCACGGUGAAGACAAAACCCGACCCGAAGCGACCGGGUCAGACUCUCAGUAUGGGUUUCGGCUUCGUCGAGUUCCGUACUAAGGCGCAGGCGGAAGCUGCUCUAGCCGCCAUGAAUGGCUACAAUCUUGACAAUCAUGAGCUCGUCGUUAAACUCUCCCACAAGGGCAUGGAUGCCGCCGAGGAGAGGAGACGCGAGGAUACGGCGAAGAAAGUCGCUGCGAAGAGAACGAAGAUUAUUAUCAAGAAUCUUCCGUUCCAAGCCACUAAGAAGGAUGUCCGGGCGUUAUUUGGCGCUUACGGGCAACUUCGCUCUGUGCGCGUUCCCAAGAAAUUCGACAGAACAUCGCGCGGUUUCGCAUUUGCUGAUUUUGUAAGUGCCCGCGAAGCGGAGAAUGCCAUGGAUGCGCUGAAAAACACGCAUCUUUUGGGGAGGAAACUGGUGCUGGAGUAUGCAUCCGCAGACGCUGUAGACCCGGAAGAGGAGAUCCAGAAUAUCGAAAAGAAGAUGGGGCAGCAGGUGGACAGGGUGAAACUACAAGGUCUCCUUCGAACGGACAGGAAGAAAUUCGUUGUAGGGGCCCAGGAGAACGAGGAAGAUUAG